GUUUUUGUCACAGAAACUAUUUCAAGCUCCAGUCUUUGCUUCAUCAAAGCAUCCAAAGCUUAUCAUUUCGUCGCCAAUGGCUGUUCUCCAUCACCGUUAGGCAAAAUUCUAGGAAAAUUUCCCCUCUUCAGUUCCAGGUUUCCAAAUUUAUGGAGGAUUUUGACGAUGAUUUCGGGGAUUUAUAUGCCGGCGUCGAAGCGCAGGCCAAUUCGGCCAUGAAUGGCGCACCGGACUUCGCUCACUUUUACACAGAACCAGAAGAAGAUGUCAGUGAGGAUAAUGGAAAGGCGAAAACCACUAGUCCUGGAACCGAUUCUGACUGCGAGGAGUUGGGCGAGAAAGUUUCUGCUUUGGAGGAGAACGAGGAUUACAGUGGAAGUGAUAGCGAGGAUGACCUGAAAAUAGUGCUGAAUGAUGAGGACUGUGAGGGCAAAGUGUUUCCAAAUGGCGGCCGAGGGCGCGUGAAGAAUGAUGAGCAUGAGGAUGAGGAUAGUGAUGGGUUUCCGGCUACGAAAGAGUACAAGUACAUAAGGACUCAAGGACCAACUUCUCUAAGCAAUGGAAAGGGCAGUGAGGCUGUGGGUUCAGCGUCUUCCAUGUCGGUUAGAGGAGACCAUGAAAACAGUUUGUGCUAUCAACGCAAGGGUUUGAGCUCUCAGAUUAGUUGUAUUGGUGAUACACCUAAUCAAAUGGUGCCUCAAAAUAGAUAUGGUUUCAGACUUCCUUGGUACCGGACCAUACUUGACGUCAACAUUGAAUCGUUUGAGGAGAAGCCAUGGAGGUAUCCUGAGGUUGAUGUAACAGAUUAUUUCAAUUUCGGUUUGAAAGAGGACAGUUGGAAACAGUACUGUAUCUCCCUGGAACAACUACGGCUAACAUCUAUGCAGUUUAGGAUCCCUGUCUCAAGAGCUUCAAAACUUUAUCAGGCUAAAGAAGCUGGAUCUGAGUAUGAUAAAUUCGCCCAGGAAACUAUUUAUAAAGAAACGAACAAUGCUGGACCAAGAAAGUUUGCUCCUCCAUCUAGAGAUUCUGAUUCCAGUUUCAGAGAGUUGGAACUGCCAAAAGGAAGAGCAAUUCAGAUUGAAGAUAGUAUGGUUGAACGCCAACCAUCUUUUGAUGGUAGGCAUCCACGUAGUUUGGAUUCUGAUGUUGUGAUACAGAUUGCGGUGCAGGACGGCACUGAGGAAACCACGAACUCUGGUGAGGAACAGGGCCAUACAAAUUGUACGGCACAUGAGGCAUCUGAAAAUGUGGAAUGUAAUGCUAAUGGUAACCGAACUAUUCCUGCCAAAGAAGAUGAUUUAUCAGUUGGAACUCCAGAAGGAAACACAAGGAUAGCAGACAGUUGUUCCCGGAGGAUCAGUGCCACUCAUCCAAUGACAAUAGAUUCUGAUCAAAGAAAUGACCAGUAUGUUGAUCUGGAUGGGUACGACUAUAGGCAGGGGAAUGCUGUCUCAUUGGAGACUACAGAAAUUACAAAUAAAACAAAGGACAAUGUUGGUGGGGAUACUUUAUAUGUUGAUCAAUGCAUGAUGGAAGCACAAUUAUCACUUGGUGAUGACGAUCAACUUAGCCCCACUUCCUUUGAAAGUGAUUAUGAGGCAUCCAAGAAUAGUGUUCAUUUUGAUCCAGAAGAUAUUAAUACUCCUGCCACAUCAUCUUUUAAGAACCCAAAAAGCAAUGGCAUCAAGAGAAAAAUAGUUGAUAUCAAAGAUUACUCCAUGCAUAAAAGUCCUGCUCGAAAGGAGCAUAAACAUCAGCAAAGGAGGCUUGACAGUGUUGUUGAACCAAAGAUUCAUAUUAAUGAUGAUGCGUCCCCCACCUCAGAAAUGGACGACCUUUAUGACAGAGAUAGCUCAUUGAAUUCUAGCAGACGGAAGAAAAUUCUGCCAGAUUUUGGCUGUAGUGAUGGAGAAGAUAUUUCAGAUUAUAAAGAAUCAAGGCAUUAUGGUAGAAGACAUGCUGACAACCACGUUCAUACUGCUAAAACAAAUUAUUUGGAUAGAAAAGGUAGUCACAAUAUCCAAGACAAGGUCGGUCCAUUUUUCAGAAAAAACUGGAAUGAAAGGGAGUAUUUUUGUGAAGAUAGGGAUACAGAUUGGCAUCGUUUUGGAAGAACACAAUUCCCUAACGAGAGGAGUCUUCUCCCGAGCAGGGAGUCCAGAGGCUGGCACUCCAAGUAUUCCCCACCCACUGUUAAAGAAAGGGAUGCACAAUUUAAAAGGAACGCCAACAAACUGCAGUUUAAGAAAAUACCCAACCAUGGUGGUGGCUGUUUCGGUUAUAAACAUGAAGAUGACUUUGUGGGAGAAAAAUUUGGGAGACGUGCUUCAUUUACUGACCGAAAAAGGAAUACUUUGGAUGAAUUUGAUGAAUGGCAGUUUCCUCGACUCAGGAGAGAUUUAGGGGGAAGGGAUGGAUAUGUUGACAAACCUGUUUUUGAUUGGGAUGAUUCAUGGUCUGGGAAAAUUGAAGAUGAAUAUUGCAGACAUGGAGAAAAUCAAUACUUGUCCGAUCAGUUGUACAGAGAUUUACAUGCAGGUGAAGGAAGAUGGAAUGAUUCUCUAUCACCAAGAAAUGAUGUUUCUUACUCAAGAACUGCUGAAAGAUAUGGGAGACGUGAACGAGAAAUAUACUCUGCUGAAUCCAAAGAGAGUAACUGGUUUGAUAAUCGUUAUGAUGCUGAUGAAAUUGAUGAUAUCAUUUAUCCGAGUGAUCAGUUUAAGUGGAGAAGAUCUAACUGGCGAUCCUCGGUCCUACACUGGACUGAGGAUCAGUUAACUGUCAGGCACCAUGGUGACAAAUUGUAUUCUGAGAGGUCAUCCCGUUCAUAUCAGAAAUAUGUAAGACAUGAAAAAUUUCAUGCUAAAUAUGGUUCCUACAAUGAUGCAAUGCAUGUUGAUAUGCUAUCAGAGCAUGAUAGAUUAGAAUUGAAGAGAAAAGGAAGUAGUGCUCACUGUAUUAAUAGUAGUUCUAAGAUGUAUAUCGGUAAGCAUGAGCGGACAGCCCUGAGGUGCAGAGGUUCGAUUGACUUGGUUGUUGGGGAAGGAAAGGUACAGUUGGGGGAACCCAAGUCCUCUGUAAGAAGCUACAAACGUGGAACUUUGAUUCACAAUGGUAGGCAGGAAAAUAUGGAUCCAGAGAUUGGUGGGGAGCAGACAACUUUAGCGGAUUCUAGUGAAUCAAGGACAGUCCAAUUUAACACCCGAAAAGUUGGACACAACCAAAACAAUGCGAAAGGGCUUGAUAAGUUUCCAGUUACAGCUCAAAAUGGUGAUAUGGAUGUUGAAGAAGGCCAGAUUGUAACAGACGGCCUCAAUACAGCACACCUACAGAGAAGACAUGCUUCUGAGUAUUCAGCAGCAGCUUCCAAAGUGAAAAGGCGAACGUUUGCCGGAGAAAGCGGUUCCAGUGGGAACAAGGUUGCAGAAGGAUAUGACAACCAAAGGAUUCUUGAGACAAAGGCAAAAAUGGAGAAACGCGGGGAACGGUUUAAGGAGCCAAUCAUCCUGAAAAAAGAGCCAGACAAGUUGUCCAAGCCUGAGAUUGAUCUUGUAGUUGAAACAGCUGAAGCACAGCUACAUAGGCCAUCCCGAAAGAGGCGAUGGGGCGGUAUAGAGGUUGUUUAGGAAGACUUGGACAAGCAGGUCAAUAAAAGUUUAAAAACACAACUCAGAAAUGGAGAUGAAGAAUCAGGUUAGAAAUUUGUUCUAUUUUCCUCUUUCAGUGAAAUUGGAGGGAAGAUUUGAUACUUAGAUUUAGUAACUUUUUCCCUACCUGUAAAAAACUCUUUGGUGUAAUAACAAUCUCCAAUGGUGAUUCAACUUUAAGGAUUUGUACAAUUUUCUGAA